AGUUUGAAAACAAAAGAAGGGAGACAUUUCAGUUAGUGGUGGCACAGUGAUGAUUGUCGUAACGGAAUAACUCUGUUUGGCAUGGCUUGUUCUUGGAAAAUGCAAUGGAAACCACAUUGAAGACAUUACAAUAAUAGGAGCCGGUAUAGGCGGUUCAUAUACAGGAUGGAGACUCCGGGACAAGGGGUGGAGGAUUGGGAUAUACGAGUACUCAGACCGGGUAGGAGGGAGGAUGUUUUCAAAAUACUUUACUGAUGCACCGGAUCUUCCUGUGGAGUUUGGAGCAAUGAGACUAAGACCAGAGGACCAUGUUAGGAUGAUCAAGGCAGGACGGGAGCUUGGGCUAACCUUUGUUCCUUUUCCUGAAGGUGGAGGUAGAAUUCCUGAGCGAACGAUUCUAUACCUGCGUAAUACACGUCUUAGAACAUACGAGUUAGGAGGACCCCGAACUCCGUACAAACUAAGACCAGAGGAGCACAUGGACCCUCGAGAUUUGUCAAGAUUACUUUCUGAAACUUACACUAACUAUAAUGGUACGAACCCAAGGGCCGAACAUUUUAACGCUACCACCAUCGAUGGAGUUCCUGUAUAUCUUCAGAGCUAUAAAGACGUUAUACAGAAAACUGGUAUCAGUUUGGAGGCUCAAAAAUAUAUCAGAGACAGCAGUGCUUUUCACUUUGGCUUGGGUCUUGCACAGAGCAAUGAACGUUUUUUAAAAACUCGACAAGGAUUCGAGGAGGAAAACACUAGACCUACAGACCUUCCUUCAUAUGUGACAGUUCCGACGGGGAUGAAUUCCUUCCCUGUAGAAUUCAUGAGGAAAUUUCUUGUAUCUAAUCCAAAGUGCCAUGCCCUCCAUCUGAAUAGCCAGCUUGUGAAAGUAUUAAGAAAGAAGAAAGGGAUAUAUCAAUUGAAGUUCAGAAAAACUGUUUCCAUCAAAGGCAAUAUUAUGCCUACUAAACAUUACUUUUUUGUUUAUUCUAGAAAUGUUAUACUUGCAAUACCGAAAGUUCCUGUCCUAAAAAUACAGAUGCCACAGUUUAGUAAUCCUCAAUUCUUGUCUGCACUGAAUUCAGUGGUAGACGUGCAAUCCUCAAAGAUUUUCCUGAUUUACAACUAUCCAUGGUGGCUAGGAGGAUCACAUAAUUUCACCUAUACCCAAUCCGAUCUUCCGUACAGACAGUCAUAUAAUUGGGGUAUUUCACGGACUGGGAAGGCAGUUCUUCUUAUUUCAUAUGCAGAAACUAAUGCUGUACCAUUUUGGAGCCGACUACAGAACAUUGGAAAAUUAAUCAGUAAGAAAUGUGACGAGACAAGAGUCACGGACGAAGUUGUAAAACAGGCUCACUUACAGUUAUCCAGAGUGUACAACAGACAUGUCAAUAGUAUUCCAGAUCCCAUCGAUGAGAUGAUGAUUAUCUGGAACAAAUAUCCUUAUAAUGGUGGAUGGGUGGAGUGGAAACCUGGAUCAAGGUGGUACGAUAUCAAGAGAUAUCUCACUCGACCUUUUUCACAAGAAAAUAUAUUCAUAAAUCAUGGUUACUGGGGUGCUGAACACAACGGAUGGGGAGAGGGUUCUUUGGAGGCUGCAGAUGACGUGUUGUCUUAUUUGAAUGUACCAUCCUAUUUAAAAAUUAAGUAACAACAAAUUCAAAAUGUGAAUAUCUUAAGUUAAAUAAUAUUUUCUGCAUUACGUGUUCAGUAAGGUAGCCAUUGGUGUGGAAGCAACCUUUUUAGAUGUGGCACAUAGAUUAUAAGAUAUCGAAUACACUUACUGCUAUUUUAAAAAAUCGCUAUUCUAAGAAAGGAUUUACCCCAAUAUUUUCUUUGAAAUUCCUGCAAAUAUUAAAAUUCAAAAAAAAUUCAUGAAAACGUCUUGAAGUUUUCAUGAAUUUGAAUCAUUAACAGAAACCAUAAUUAAUGCUGUGCCGUUUAUUAUUCUUUAUCUUAAAAAAAAAACACUUGCUAAAUUAACCUUUGUUGAGGAUUAAAAUAAUUCAAUAUAAAGAGAACUUUGGCUUCUUGUCAAUUGGUUUUCAAAGUCCAUUAUCACAAAACAAUUGAGUUUCAAUUGUUUAGUAUUGCGGGAUGCUAUCGACUUGGAACAAAAAUAUGUCUGAUACAAAGUGGUAAUACAUUUGUGAACCAAAAAAAAUUCAACAUCAGGUACAGUGGAG